CGUAUCAAUUUUACCUUUAUUAGUCAAUUUAAGUACAACCAAUAUGGUCUCAAAGGAAAGAAAGCAAAUAUUGUUGCAAUAUGCUGCUGGAAUUACAGCUUCAAUCGGAGCUGCAGGAUAUGGUGCGAACAUUUCCUGGACCUCACCAGCUGUAUCUUACUUGACAAGCCCAAUUUCACACAUUCCAACAUCAAAAGAACAAAGUGAUUGGGUAGCGUCCUUAUAUCCAGUGGGUUUAGUGAUUGGAUAUUUACUAAAUCCAUUAAUAAUUGAUACAUUUGGUCGAAAAAGGACCUUAUUAUUGCUCACUAUUCCACAAAUUAUCUCAUGGGUCAUGAUAAUUCUAGCAAACGACUGUCUUAUAAUAUACAUAGCAAGAAUUUUAGGAGGAAUAGGAUAUGGUGCUAAAAUAUGUUCACUGACUGUUUACUUGUCUGAAAUUGGAAGUAAAAAAAAUAGAGGAAUAUUCCUAGUUUUUCUCCCUGUUUUCAUAAACACAGGAAUGCUCUACGUAAUGAUCCUAGGAGCUUACUUAUCCUACAACUUGAUGAACAUUGCUCUUUUCAUCCUUCCAAUAAUUUUCUUCGCAACUUUUUUCUUCAUGCCGGAAUCUUCAGAUUUUCGUGAAAAAACCGAAGAUAUAAAAAUGAAAAGUCUACUUAAUCUUCCGGAAUUAGAAGAUGUAAAUAAAAACGGAAAAAUCAACCAUAAUGAGGGAUUUUACACGAGUACUUUAAAGUUUAAAGAAUCCAGAUUAUGGAAGUUGGUUGCACUUCGCAACAAUCGAAAAGCUUUAAUGACAGUCAUUUUUUUGUCAGCGUAUAUCGCAUUUUCGGGUGAUACUACUUUGACUUAUUUCACGGAGCAAAUUUUGUCUUUCAGUGGAUUUUUUAUAAGUGCUAAAAAAGCAACGAUCAUUUUAACAUGUACGAAAGUAGUUGCUUCAUUAAUAAGUAUUCCAUUGGUUGAAAGAGUGGGUCCCACUUGUUGGAAUAAUACUCUAUGA